AUGACUAUGGCCUACAAUCUGAUUCUCAUCAUGAACGGAGCGAGCUUUUUUGGACGUACGAUUCCCAAUGGCCUUGCUGACAAGUACGGCCGUUUCAAUGUGCUUAUCAUCAUGCUCUUUUUCACUGGUGUCAUCACUCUGGCCUUGUGGUUGCCUGGUCGCAGUAACGCGGCCAACAUUGUCUUCGCCGCCUUGUUUGGUAUCGGAUCUGGCACCACCAUUGGCAUUGCUGCUCUUACGAGUCUUCCGAUUGCUGGUGCAAUUGCAGAGAUAGAUGGAGGCUCUUUCCGCUUUGCGGCCUUGUUCAGUGGCGUGAACUUCAUGGUCGCGACAAUCUUUUUGGGCGGAAAUCAUCAGCGCGUCUUCCUUGCCGCAGAUGCUUGUCAUCAGACAAUUCCUUCUGGCGGCUACGGAAUGAAUAUGGGCCUUGCUGAUACUUGGGAUCUUGGCUGGAAGCUCGCAGCCACUGUUAAAGGCUGGGGUGGCACUCACUUGAUGAAGACAUACGAACAAGAACGUCGUCCUGUGGCAGCGCUGAUGCAACACUGGAGCAAAAUCCACAUGAUGAAACUCAUGGGGCUUUCAACAACUGUGAAAUUGGAUCCGGUCGUCAUCGAAUCCAUAGAUGAGCGCGGCAUAGCCCUGCGUGAGGAAAUCGAUCAGUACAUUCAGCAAAACGAUGACCAUAACCAGAGCUUCGGCGUUGAAAUGGGUCACCGCUACGAGUCGAGUCUGGCAGUACUGAACGAGCAGGUGGAUGUUGAAAAGGCAGCACCACAGUUCGACUCACGCAACUACCUCCCAACUACCUUUCCUGGUUCGCGGGUACCGCACGUGGCUUUGUCGGACGGCAGCGCCAUUUCCGAUGGAUUCGGGAAAGGCUUCACCAUGGUCGCGUUUCUGCAGAAAGAAGCAGUAGCAGCCGGAGACCAAUUUCAGGUGCCCAUCGCACUGGCUAGUUUUGAAGAAGCAGCACGCCAGCACAGUAUUCCUUUAAAGAGCCUUUGUUUGAUGAAUGAGACUCAUGCGUUCCGAAUUUGGGAUGCUUGUCUUGUCCUCGUGCGGCCUGAUGGAUUUUCAGCGUGGCGCUCAGAUAGUCUGGACAAGGUGCACAAUGCAUCACAAGUGUUGCUUCAAGCAACAGGUCAUACCUCACCUUUGUAA